GACAUGGCUGCUGUAUUUUUAGUAAUGUUGUACGAGUACUCUCCUCUUUUUUACAUCAGCGUCGUGUCCCUAUGUUUCAUCAUUACAGCUGCUAUGGUGCUGGGCUGGUUUGGUUUCGACAUGCCGGUAAUUUUGCGGAGCUCUGACGAGGCGGACUCCGUGUGGAAUGUCCCGGAGAAGAGGAUGGUGCAAAAGACCAACCCGUUUGCGCUCCAGGUCAGGGCCUCUGACGCGUCUGUAACAGGGGGCGUGGCGCUGCGUCCCGGCUGCCUGGAGGAGUGUGUCCUCAGCUGCUACUGGGGCUGCAGCGUGCCAGCCCUGCAGGCAGCCCUCCACACCCACCAGCAAGGCCUGAGCCUCAGCACGCCGCAGCUCUUCCAGGAGGCCCUGCACUUCCAGUACCAGCACUGCCAAACCUUCCACAUUGAGAAAGAAGACAGAGAGGAGCGCGUCAGUCGGAUACCGGCGGAUUUGGGGAUUGUGGAUUUCGGGUUAAUGCCGCGCGCAUGCUACCCCCUUGUGGCACUGCUGACCCUGGCUGAGCCUGACGCCAGAGACAGCUACGACAUUGUGGCAGAUGUGACUGUGAUUCACGUUCCGGAUGACAAAUAUCCGCUGUCCGCGCGUGUCCUCUAUCAGUACCUCCUGACGGCACAGGGGAACAUGUAUGAGCUUAAGCCGCUCUUCAUGUCUGCAGAGGAGGGCGACCAGUCUGAGCCUUCAGAGCCCGCCUCUACCCAGGAGCCCAGUGUGGAGGGGGAGGGGUCGAGGGUGGAGCCAGAAGGAGAGGAGGAGGGGCCUGGCUAUGCGGGCAGAGACUGUGUGGUGUGCCAGAACGCCCCCGUGAACAGGGUGCUGCUGCCCUGCAGGCACACCUGUCUGUGUGACGGCUGCGUGGCCAGGUUCCAGCACUGCCCCAUGUGCCGCGCCUUCGUCCUCGAGUCCUUCGCCCUGUCCCUGCAGCCUCCCGCUCAGCGGGAGGAGGACGAGGAAGAAGAAGAGGAAGAGGAAGAGGAGGAGGAAUAAAAACAGCCUAUGUCUCCUUGGUCAGGACAGGGCAGCAUAGGUUCACUCGUUACUUCAGGCCGAGGGGUCCUGGUGUUCUGACACGGACACCAACCCAGUUGG